UAAAACCAAAGCUGUUCAGCGACUCGUAUAUGAUUUUUGUUACCUUUAAAUAUAACAGCUUGCAAGUAAUGAUUUUAUUGUGAAACGCGUGGAAGCUUGCAGCGUGUGAGCUUGACGCCUCUGCAGAGCGGGGGGAGGUAAGUGGUUAUUUAGGGAAAAGAAAGAAAGAAAGACAAAGUUGUGUCGACCGUGCAAUGCACACGGGAGGGAUUGAGUGUAUCUCCAGCGGCUCGUUUGGUCCGGCACCGGUCUGCGGGGAUGUGAACGCAGCAGUUUCCUCAAACUUCUCCGCUACUCUUCAGGUCGAGUCCCGGGACAGGAGGGUUUUUUUUUUUUUUUUUUUUUUCUCCCCUUUUGAAAAAAAAACGUGAAUGAUAAAAGCAGCCGGAUGCACGGGACGGGCUGCACGUUACAGUUACAGUGAAUGAUGUUUUAGUUUAGUUCUGUUUCCUCAGAGUGUGUGUGUGUGUGUGUGUGUGUGUGUGUGUGUGUGUGUGUGUGUGUGUGUGUGUGUGUGUGUGUGUGUGUGUGUGUGUGUAACACUCAAACAGAGAGACACACAAACACAGCACAUCACACAGACUUCACUGAAGGUUUCACUCCCAGAGAAGAUGCAGAUGUGGAGCCACAUGAGGGGCCACAAAGGAGGCCCUCCACGACCAUAGGUCACUCAGAAGUGUCCUGGAUGUAUGUGUCUCCCACUUCCUGGCUGGAUUGACUUGAACUCUUAGUAAUUGUCUGAUAAUCCAAUGGAUUCUUCUUCACCACAGCCUCCAUGUGCCAGUGGAUCAUCCACAUGAAGGCAAACCAGAUGACUCAUAGGACUUAAGUCAUGUAACCACCCUGAAAUGUCUUAAGAAGUCUUAUUUAUCUGUUUUGUAUUUAUUGAGUGUACAUAAGGGUCCUUUUUAUUAAGGUUUGUGUCUGUUUCAAGGCCAGUUUUGAACCAUUUUCAUCUGUCGUAGUGAAAAGUAGACUUACUUGAACGUUUUUUAGUUUUUUUAGUUCUGCUGUGUAUAUCCACACUGUAUUUGAGCACAUUCGUCUGUAAUUUAAGGAGGAAGUGGUGGUGAGUUUUAAGACUUGACUUUGACCGGACAGGUAAAAAAAACAAAACAGGAGAAGGCUUCAUCAUGGACAGGCCGAUAAGCAAGUUGUUGGAGAAGUUAAAUUUGAAGGACUCGGGCAGUGUGAAAUUCAACAGUUCCAAGAAAAAACAUGACUCUUCCAGCAACUCGAAUAACAGCAACGCCAACACUGGCGUCUCCGGAGGCGGCGGUGGGGGCAGCGGUCUGCCACCGGCUCCCGGCUCUGCUGCCUCACCCUCAAGACCCGGCCAGUUCUCGCUUGCCUCUGCAACCACAGGCGAUGCAUGUGUUCCAGUGAGAGGAGGAGGAGGAGGAGGAGGAGGAGGAGGAGGAGGGAUGGUACUGCCUCCCUCUCAGCUCCUCACCCCACCGCCGCCUUCCUCCUCGGUGGGUGCCAUACCUCAAGAUGGCGAGCAACCGCUUCACCCUUCUACCGUGGCACAGCUGAGGCGUCGCUCCCCCCAGCAGCGAGCUUCUUGUUACCUGGGCGAAGGCGUGGACUCCCACAUGAGGCGUGAGUCCGGCCUGGGCCCCGAGUAUGACCCUCAGGGGGCCUUUGGCUCCAAGGCGUCCCUCAAUCAGCGGCGCUACUCCUUGGAGCUCCAGCAGCUGGUCCGGAGACAGCAGCUCCUCUCUCAGCCGCCUCACUCCGUUCCCCCGCCGUACCCGGCCUCCUCGGGCUACGGGUCGGCUCCUAGGAGCGGCCUGGCGGAGCCUGGAUACCUCUCUGAGACCGAGAGGCACAAACGCCUCUCCCUCCAGGAGGCUCUGUUCUACAAACGCCUGAGCACGGGGAGUGAGAUGUGGGAGAGCACCAGGCCUGCGUCCCUCUCCCAUCCACCACAUCGCACAUCUGAUGUGACCGGUGGAGGUGUGGGAGGAGGCUUUUUCUAUCCCCCAGGACCCACCCUGAGCCCGUGCUCGUCAUUCAGCCUCCAGGAGUCGGUGCUGGUCAGCCCCAGGUCCAGCUUCGCCUCCAGCACGGCCAGCGGCGGCGGCGGAGGAAGCCCCAUGGGAAGCCGCUGCAGCAGCAACCGGACCAGUGGCAUCAGCCUGGGCUACGACUCUCGCUACUCGGCCUCCGGAGGCCUCCCCCCACAGCAGCAAUGCCCCUCCAUGCAGUCGGGGGGCUCUUUGGCUGGUUACGGACCUCCAGGGCGGGCCGGCGUGACCCCCGUCGAGGCCUGGACUCAGUAUUUGGAUGGAGGGAUGCGUCCAGCGGCACACGAUAGCCGGCACUCCUACCCGCCCGCCGUUGGGAGUCCGGGGGCGGCGUGCUACCAGGCCGGCCCAGAGUGGUGGGAGGAGCAGCAGGCGGGAGUGAGGGGCAAAGAGGGGGGUGUGAUGGGAGACAGGACCAGGUACUCGGACCUGCCUGGCACCCGCUACCAGGAAGAGCUCACCCGACUUCUACUGAGAGAUGCUGUGCUGGCGGGCGGGGGGCUCCUGGAGGGCCUGAUGCUGAAGGACCAGUCUAUGGCCCUGACGGCGCUCUCCAAACCCAGCACAAUAACACUGGGGUCCUGCUCAGCUGGAGGGCCCGUCAAACCUCAGGAGGAUCCAGGAGUCGGGGCUGGGAGGGAGACGGUGGAGAACCGCCAGGAGUUCUUUGGAACCUGUGUGAAGUGUGGGAAAGGCGUGUACGGGGCGGAUAAUGCCUGUCAGGCUCUGGAUAGCCUCUAUCACACACGCUGCUUCACCUGUGUGUCCUGUGGACGCACUCUGAGGAACAAGGACUUCUACAAUGUCAACGGCUCUGUGUACUGUAAAGAGGAUUACAUGUUUUCGGGAUUCCAGGCCGCGGCUGAGAAGUGUAGUGUGUGUGGCCACCUUAUUCUGGAACAGAUCCUGCAGGCUCUUGGGAACUCGUACCACCCCGGCUGUUUCCGCUGCGUGGUCUGCUCAAAGGCUCUGGACGGCGUGCCGUUCACCGUGGACCAUCACAGCAACAUCUACUGCGUGGCAGACUACAACAAGACUUUUGCCCCAAAGUGCGCCGCGUGUUUACAGCCCAUCUUACCCACCGAGGGCAGCGAAGAGAUCCUCAGGGUCGUGUCUAUGAACAAGGACUACCACUUUGAGUGCUACCACUGCGAGGAGUGUAGUAAGCAGCUCUCUGAUAAGCCCGGCUCGCAGUGCUUCCCUCUGGACUCUCAUCUCCUCUGCCACUCCUGUCACAUGAGCAGAGCGUGUGACACAUAAAACAUUCCCCCCCCUCCCCUCACACACUGAUGAUCAGCGCCCGUGCAGCUGUGGAUGUGUAUUUUUUAUUUUAUUUUAUUUUUAAAAGCUGGUCUUAACAUGCUGUCAUUCCCUAACGUGCUUUUGCUCAGUCAUACGAUGAAACUGCUGAUAUUCAGACAUUUCCACUGAUUCACUUCAGUCCCCCCUUUGUCACAUGUACUGCCUGCUGUACUUCUUGUACUAUUACUGUACCAUAGUUAUAAGGGAACGGGAAAGAAACUACUGCUUUUUAUUUUAUUUGUUUUACCCCAAUGUGGCUACUGUUUGCUGUAGAAGAACAAGGGAUUUUGCUAAACUGUUUUGUACAUAUAUUAUCGCUAGCAAACAUUUUGCACUUAAAUUUGACUUUACUGUAAGAGAUUUGUUACGUGAAUCUGUACAAUUUGGGGAAAAACAUUACUGUAAUUUCUGUAUGUUGUAAUAAAUAUUUUCAUUUGUGUUCAGACAAAGUUGAAAGUAUUGGGUAACAAGCUCAGACAAGCUCAGUGUAUCAAAACU